AUGGUUGCAUUGAGACAAGGCAAUCCUGUUUAUCGUGAACUUGCCGGCUUGGCUCGACAGAUUGGCCGACCAGAUCUAACACUCACUCUGCUUGUGAUGGCUAUGUCUCCUCAUACCCUGCCUUCAUCCAUUGCUGUUAGAUCAAGUUCAUUUGUAGCCACAACCUCAAGUCGUGAACCAGUUUUGACACCUGCGAAUUUGACUGGGGCUGGUUUAGUUCGCCGCCUCGGACGUUCACUGGCGCCCUCACUACCUCGGCUUGUGCCACGUAUCUACGUCCGUCGAUUUGACAUGGCGAGACCAAAAGUACGCCAGGCGAUGGAUAGGUGA